CACAGACUCAAAGAAGCCUAAAAAUCAUGGGAGCAUCUUCAAUAAUCAUCAUGCUACAUAUUCAAGGUCAGAGCCUUGAAGUUAGAUGCACCUAUCCAAGUGGUGAUCAAUGGAAGGCAAAGUUCUUCUCCCGACAUGAUGACAACAUGACUUCCAAUCGCCUGAUAUGGACGGAAGAACACAAUAAGUGGGUGGAAAAAGGAAGAUUUUCUCUUUUUGAUAACAGCACUGAAGCCUUUUUCAUUGUCAAGAUGGAUAAUCUCCUUCCAAAGGACAGUGGCAAGUACAGCUGCGGGGUGGAUGGUUACCUCGGCUCAAAUCAGAGCAUCUUCAUCCAAUUAAAUGUUUCGACAGUAAACGGAACACUUCUCACUUUGAACACCACCAUGGCGGACAAGCUUCACCCAAUGCUGUUUGUAGCUGCAGCGAUGGGUACAGUUGCUAUCUGCGUGUGUCUAUACACACUCAUCUUGCUUGUGACGAUGAAACCACGGCGGAUGAUGUCUCGGCAGAAUAGAGAGAUGUCAUCUGACUAUGAGACCAUGAUGCCCGGUGUUAUGAGUGAGGGUCACUCUGGGGGCUCAAACCUUGAGUGUGUCACUCAUUCGGAUCUACCCAAAGACCUCACGGUGAAGCAACAAGAAUCUGAAGACACCUUCAGACGGAGUGAAUACCUCAACUUAGAUCUCAGUCAAGUGGAGGAGCAUGUCUAUUAUAGUCUCCAUGGGAAGAAAACCCCAAAGCACAAACACCUGGCCACUGAAGACAGUUCAGUCUUCAAGUCUUAGGAAGUUGAGAGGAGAAUCCAACUUCAAAUUCAACUCCCAAGUCUUCCAUCAUGAUUUUUUUAUUGCAGACUUUGUGGAUGGUUUCAAUUUUGAUGGAAUGACUACUGUAUUGUUUUGAUUGCUUUUUCCAAAGCUGCAAACUUUAGGACUUCUUCCAUCAUUUUGGACUUACACGUGAUGAUUGCAAGAAAAUCAACAUCCCCAAAAUAGACUCAGUGGUCAUUUUAGUUUCAUUUUCUGAUGUGACGUUUGAUUUUCAACCAAAUUUUGACCCGCACACAUUUUGGUCACUUCAAUCUAGAACACCCUGACACUGAACUACUAUGUACUGUAUUCUGUGAUGUAAGUUUUGCCUAUAUUG